CCAUUCGCACCCCUCGAGCUCCGGCGGAAGUGCUGCCCGCGCCGUCCAUGUCGACGCCGCCGCAGCCGCCUCCUAGCCUCAUCCACAUCUGCUGCCUGCACUCGCUCUCCAUCGUCCUCCUCCACUUCCUCUACGUGAUCUCCUGAUCCGCCCCCCUCUCCCCAUCCAAAGUAUAGUAGUGGUAGUAGUGUGUUUCCUUCUACGUUCUUGUUUCCGUACCUUCUUCUUCCUCCGGCUUGCAAGUAAGUACUACGUUCUCCACCGCUCCUGGUACACUGGUACACUUCUAGGAGCGGGAAUUACGUACUCUGGUGUGUUUCUGCGUGAUACUCUACAACAAAUGGAGAUGAUUCCGCCGGCUGCGGCGUCGUCGGCGCCACCACGCCAUGGCGGCGCGGUCACCGAGGAGGAGCGGCAGCGCAAACGGAAGACCUCAAACCGCCUCUCAGCGCAGAGGUCUCGCAUAAAGAGGCAGCAGCGCGAGGAGAAUCUGGUCGUGCGCGCGGCCCAGCUCGAGAUCGACAACAACGCCAUGCGUGUCACCACCGCCCUCGUGCAGCAGCAAUGCAGCCUGGUCGAGCAGCAGAACCGUGUGCUCUUCGCAGACGCUCGUUGCCUCUACAGCCUUCUCCAGCAGCAAAACUCCCAGCUCCGCAUGCUCGGUCAGAUCACCGGCGUUCCGAUGGACGUGCAGGAAAUCCCCGUCCACCUCACGCAGCUGUACGGCGGCCUGCAGACGCCACCGGCGCCGCCCCUGCCCUUGCCGCCGGAGAUUCAGAUGAUGUUCCAGCCGGAGCAGCUCGAUGAUAUCAUGGACGAUGCAGGGAGUCUCCCGUGGCUCUGACUCGUGAGCGUAUUAUCAUAUUGUGUGUACUGUGAUGCGUGUUCGUGUGGUGCUAGUAGUGUGAUGACGUGAGCUAUGGCGUUGGUGUGACUGUUGACUUGCACUACUUUUGUUUUGGAACUACGUGAGUUUCUUGUGUGAACUUGUACGUGUAGUACGUACACAAGAGUGUGAUGUGUUGCUCUAUAGUACAAUAU